AUGAAGCCUGCUUUAAAUCUGCUUUAUUUUAUUCUCUGUUGUGUCAACGUUUCUCUGCUUCUGGAUUUCUGUCCGACUCGAUGUCAGUGUGACCCAGAAGUCCACAGCAUUUCUUGUUUUGGAGCUGAAGUCCUGCCACUUUUCCACUCCAGCACUGAGGAGGUGUGGCUUGUGGGGACAAAACUUUCCACUAUUCCUGCGAACGCGUUCUCAAACCUGACCAACAUUUCUCACAUAUAUAUUUCUGAUGAUGAGACUUUACGAUACCUUGAAAGACAUUCUUUCUUCAACCUUUCCAGACUCACACACGUACAACUCACUGGAAUAAAAACGCUGUCUCAUAUUGAUCAGGAGGCGUUUAAGGACCUGCCUUAUUUAAAAUACCUUGGGAUCAUUAACACUGGCCUCACCUCUUUUCCUGAGCUUCACUAUAUUCAGUCCCUGCGGGAGGAUUUUAUUUUGGAGAUCGUAGAGAACUUCUUCAUAGAGGUGAUACCUGCAAACUCUUUCAGUGGGAUAUCUGACAAACCUCUCAUCCUCAUGCUGAACAGCAAUGGUGUGAGAGAGAUCCAGCAUUACGCUUUCAACGGGAGCAGCGUGGAGGAAGUGUAUCUCCACAGGAACAUGCAUCUAAAUCAGAUCGAUGAAUUUGCUUUUCAUGGCGUCGUUCACGGCCCGACUCACCUAGACCUUUCAGAAACCAAAGUGAGCUCCCUUCCCUCAGUAGGUAUGGAAACUAUUGAAAAGCUGCAGGCUAAAAACACAUGGACCCUGAAAGCCUUGCCCCCCCUCAGAGCCUUCCUCCACUUACAGAGUGCUGAAUUAACCUUCCCAAGUCAUUGCUGUGGCUUCACAAUGCUGAACAGAUGGAGAGGGCACUUGGAGACCCUGAUCUGCAACCUGAGCUUGAUGGAUUUUGGAAAUCUGCAGGAGCGGUCAUCAGCUGUCUCCCAGAAAAAUCAGGGACAGAAAUUUUAUGGACAUCUGUUGGACAGCUUUGGACUUGCAGCAGCAAUGAACACAUAUCCCAGUUUUGAUAACAGUUGUGUUUCUCUGUCUGAAGCGUCUCAAAACGAGGGUUUGUUUCACGUGGAGUUGCCAACAGAUCAUCUCAGUGAAGGUUUUGAUUUUGCUGUUUGUCAUAAAUUGCACACAGAUGGACUCUCCUGCACCCCCCUCCCUGAUGCCCUGAAUCCAUGUGAGGAUGUGAUGAGUCAAGCUUUUCUGAGGGUGCUGGUCUGGGUUGUGAGUCUGUCAGCCAUCUUCGCCAACCUGUUGGUAAUUUUCAUCCUGCUGACCAGCCGACAGAAGAUGUCCGUCACUCGGUUCCUCAUGGGUAACCUGGCAUUUGCAGACUUUUGUAUGGGGAUAUACUUGGUGCUCAUUGCAUCUGUGGACCUCUACACACGCUCCCAUUACUACCAGUAUGCUAUCCCCUGGCAAUCAGGGAGUGGCUGCAACCUAGCUGGGACUCUAUCUGUGUUUGCCAGUGAGUUAUCAGUGUAUACUUUAACCUUAAUCAGCCUUCAGCGCUGGCAUGCCAUCUUCUAUGCCAUGAGGCCGGAUAGAAAGAUCCGGUUCCGGCAUGCAGCGGUGCUGAUGCUGGUUGGCUGGUUUCUGUGUGUAGUCUUCGCUCUGCUGCCUGUGUUGGGCGUGAGCAGUUACCAGAGAGUGAGCAUCUGUUUACCCAUGGACACAGAGACCACAACUGCUCGUGUCUAUGUGGUCACUGUGCUUCUGGCUAAUGUGGGUGCUUUCAUAGUAGUGUGUCUUUGUUACUUGCACAUCUACUGUAUGGUGCACAACCCCCACCACCUGUCAAGCAGGUAUGACACCAGUAUGGCCAAACGCAUGGCUGUCCUCAUCUUCACCAACUUCCUGUGUCUGGUUCCCAUCUGCUUCUAUGGUUUGUCUGCAGCUCUCCACCAACCACUGAUCACUGUCACAGAUUCAAAGGUUCUACUGGUGCUCUUCUAUCCUAUUAACUCUUGCGCACACCCAUUCUUUUACGCUAUUCUGACGAAGGCGUUUCACCGAGACUUCCUGAUGUUGCUGAGUCGGAUGGGUCUGUGCCAGCAGAAAGCUCACUUCUACCGCAGCCAGUGUUACUUCCCACGUUUACACAGAGACAAUAUCUACCCUGCAGUCUAGACCCCACAUCCCAACUCAUCCAUGUACAAGAAAA